AUUUUUUUAUAGGUUAUUACUUAUCUUGGCGUCUUUAUGAAUAAGCUAAAUAAUUACAGAAUAUUCACAACAAAUGCUUUAUUAAAUAAAUAAAAAUCACCGGUACAAUAUCGUUUAGUUUCCAGUUUCUGUGAAAACGCAGUGAGCAGUUGGGAAUAGCAAGAAUACAUUAAGCAUAACAUCGGCGUUCAUUGAAAAUGGGCAAAAAAGUAAGAGAAUACAAAUCUGGCGACUUUAUCUUCGCUAAAGUAAAAGGAUAUCCAGCAUGGCCAGCCCGGGUCCAGAAAGCAAAUGGGAAGAAAUACUUUGUAUAUUUCUAUGGAACGGAGAACGUAACAAAUCUGUCCCCGGCCAUGAUAUUUGAUUGAGAGAACAAAGAUAAGUUUCUGACUAAGAACGUGACACGAGACUUCAACGAUGGAGUGAAGCAGAUAGAACAUGACUUCGCUAAUAAUGUGCCGCUUGAGCAAGUUAUAGGAGUUCCUAUGGAGGUACCACCAGCUGAAUCUUCAACAAACGACUCUGCAAAUGACUCCACUACAAAUGACACCAUGGAUGACACCGCGGUUGACACCACUGCUGCCGACGAUACUAUGGCUGAUGACACUACCCUCAAUGCUACUCAGAAUGACACGGCAGUUGAAGACUCAGAUGACACCGGAAACUUGGUCAUAGAUGAAGGCAAGGUAUCAAAACAAACAAAGAAAGGCAAAACCGACGUUAAACCUAAAGAAACCCCGUCCAAGCCUGCUAAAGAGCCCAAGACUCCUCGCAGCAAGGCCAAGAAGGACGAGCCGGGUAAAGAAGAUGAUGACGAGAAGAAGGACGAAGAGAUUGUCAGCAGAAGCGGACGGAAGAUACGACCAAAGAGAUACAUAGACGAACAAACGGAAGACAAUAUGACGCUACCCUCCCCAGCGCCGAAGAAGCGUCGCGGCGCCUCCCCGCCCCCGGACAAGGAGAAAGAGAAAACUGAACAGAAAGAUAAACAGCCAGAGAAGAAUGUUAAACAGUUUAAUGCCGUGUCACAGUCAGAACUAGAAGAUUUAAAAGAGCCGUUUAAGCCAGAGGACGCAGAAAAAGAGAAUAUACUAAUAGCUUACUUACCAUCGGGACAGUACAUAGGCAUCAAACUAUUCCAGUCUAGACCCAACAGCUUUAAGAACGAAGCGUCCAGACUCCAGUGGGACAAACAGGCCGCUUCUAACGCGUUGACACUCAAAUUACAAUUAGAAAAAGGUCACAUAACAACUCAGUCAGUAUUAGCUCAGCUGGUGACAGAUCUGAACCUCACUGACGAGGAAAAGGCUACACUUGAUAAGGAGAGAGAAACAGAGGAGAAGAAGUCCCGCGUACAAUUCCUGAAGACUGAAAUGAAGCUGAUCGAGCUGGACGCUAAGAUCAAAACGUGCCUCUCGCUAGACAAAGCAGAUACUGAUAUGUGCCUCAAACUGUUGGAUGAGUUAAUUGAACUAGACAUAAAACCCCUGAUGCUGCUAAAGCACCCGACAUGCCUGGAGACCAUCAAGCGCAUGCGAGCGUAUGUCGGCAACACUCCCUCGUGGGAGCUGUCCGAGAGCGCGGCGCUGGUCUUCACCAAGCAGGCGCAUAAGAUCCGCAAGCAGGCCGACUCACUCUAUAAGAAGAUGAAGGACCUAUUCAUGCCCCUAGAAGGACUAUCAUUCUGGGAGUAUUUCACAAACCGUGUUCUCAAAUUCAAGAAGGUUACAUCGAAUUUAAGCGCCGAUGAACUGCUUGAAAUGAUUCAUGAGCCAUUAGAGAUGUCACUACCCACAAUGCAUUCGAUGAAAGAAGCCGUUGACGCGGCCAAUGAGGCUGAACAACUCGAAACAACCAAAUCUCUCCCCAGCAAAACAAAGAAAACCGCGAACAACACACCAAAACAGCCCGUCAAACGUCAAUCUUCUAGAAAACUACAACAAGAAGAGAAAGACAAAGAGCCAGAGACAGAAGCACAAACAGAAACAACACCAGAAGAAGAAGAAUUAGCACCAAAACCCACAGAAAGUGAAGAAACAACAGAGAAACAGAACGAAAGCCGGGAAAACACCAGAAGUCGCCCCGAGCCAGAGAAACCCAGUGAAAGUCCAACAGAAGACACAGAACCGUCUAAAGAAGAGAAUGGAGAAGUGGAGAAGAAUGAGACGGAGAAGAAUGUGGAGAAUGAAGCGGAGAAAGUGGAGAAGGUUAAGGAAAAGGAGGAAGUUGGAGAACCUAGGGCGAAACGAUCGAGAGAGAGCAAGAAGACUGAACCUCCGCCACCCAGAUCUCCAGCAAAGAGAAAGUCAAAAUUUUAAAUGAUUUUUGUUUUAAAUAAAACAUUGGACUUUUAUUUUUUGUACGAUACGGCCGCGCGGUGCGGUCUUGUUAUUGUUUGUGGGUGCAUUUUUAUAUUGUACUAGCUUUCGCCCGCGGUUUCACCCGCGUCCCGUAGCCGGAUGGUGACAAAAUAUAAUAUCUCCUAAAACCUUCUCCCGGGUCUAAGUUACCUCCCCUCUAAUGUUCAGCCAAAUCGGUCAAGCCGUUUUCAUGUUAUGUCCGUGACAACGGAAAGCGGGUUUCAUUUUUAUAUAUAGUUUCCCGUAGUUUCACCCGAGUCUUGGGUGAACUUCUUCCGUACUCGGACAAAAUAUAGCCUGUUCGGGAUAUCUAGAGAGACUUACUGGGGCAGUAGCUUAUCAACAGUGAAAACAUUUUUGAAAUCGGUCCUGUUUCGGAACCUUUGCGGUACAAAGAAUGUACAAUGGUAUCUAAUCUAAACUAAUAUUAUAUAAAAUAAUAAAUUUCGAUAAUUGUGUAGUCUCUUGAUGAAUCUGUAAAAUUCAUAUAAUUACAUAUUGUUUUGUUAAAUUUUUCACCUGUACCCAUUUAUAGCUGCGUAGGAGCCUUAAAAUGAUAAGAAAUAAACAUACAGAGGCUAGUUUUCAUUAAAUUUACUAGUAGAUAAAUUAUUACCUUUAAUAGUUAGCUAUAAACAAACAAAGUACAAUAAAAAGUGCACCCACAAACUGAAUAGUGGUAAACCCGCAAAUUAUUAUGUAAAAUUUAGCCUAUAAACAAGUUUCUAUGAAAUAUUCGAAAUAAUCAUAAAUAAGUAUGAAUAACAAGCAUUAUUUGUACGAAAAUGUCUUCUAAACAUUACGUUGGUACAUAAUUUAUGUAGCAUUUUUUUUAUAUGUAUAAAGAAAGAUUUUCGUUCCCAGUUUUAAAAUUGAGUUGAUGUGUAGUUGACAGCUGUCAGAUUCAGCAACUGUCAACUGCACAGAAAAACGGUAAAACGCAUACAUAAUUUUGUGCAAUUUAUUGUAUACUUCAACUAAAUAGUAGUAAUAUUAUGUCUAUAGUGUUAUAAAAAUACAAGACAGAUUUUAGAAAAGGUUUGAUUUUAAAAUAGAAUGAUUGCAAAAUAGAAUUGACAAGAUUUUUAAAAUAAAUUCUUAUAAGUCUGCAUGUUAUGAUCCAUAAUUACAGUGAUUGUUUUUAAUGGCAAAAUCUAGAUCUCUCCGAAUCUGUAACACCAUUUAGUUAUAACGAUAACCGAACCAUUUUCAGUUGUCAAAUCACCGAUGUGACCAAUGGGCGGCAAGUAUACGGCUGGUUAUGGUUUGGUUAUCGUUAUAGUUAAAUGGUGAAACUCAUCCUAAGUUUACCAUUCAAGAGAUAAGAUCUGUAUCUUGACUUUUUAGUGGAUAAUUACUCAGAUAUUGUGAAAAUUACAGUUUUUCUUCUCAUACUUACUUUUCUAUGGAACUGCAUAUGUAGCCCGAAAUAUCUCUUAAAAAUUAAUCUGAUUACACUAGACUUUUAAAAGAUGAUGAAUGAGCGUUAAUCACCAUGUGCGCGAAAGCGGACUUUAAAUCCAGGUGUUGUCCAAAUGUUUUCCCUUCACACAGUCUGAAACUUCAUAGGAACUAUUUUAAAUUACAAGAAAAUUAGUUUAGUAUCAAAAGAACAUUUUAAUUAAUAGGUAUUAUAGUUUUUUAUCCAGCACAGAUUGAGAACGUUUAAAAGCGUGUAGCAAUGAUGUUUUCAAAAUAUUACAACUUUUGUUAUUUCAUGUUCGGAAACAACUGAAUAAAAAAGUUAAUAAAGUACAUUUUUUAUCGUAUUAGACGUAUAUUAGAGAUAAAUGUUAGCUAUAAUUUACAUUGUAAAUAUUUACAAUAAACAUACCUACGUAUAUGAA